CCUUUAAUCAUGACAGUUGAAUGCAUCUCUCUUGCCGGAAGAAAUGUAAUUUCCAAUCUCACUGGCGGAGACGCGUGCAGGGCUGCCCCUGAAGUGCGAAGCGCCAGGCUUAACCCGCGUCCUGCCACGCGUAUCUCAACGACAUCUCUAGCAACCACGCGAAUCACCAAAUGCAGUAUUAACUGUAUUAUCACGAUCUCAAAAUUCCAUCCUCCCUCCAACUAGCCGCCGAAAAAUGAAUCGACCCGUCGAGCAGGCUCUAACCAGCCUACUCCCCUCAUUAACUGGCCCCCCACCCCCUGACCUCGUCUCCCUGGCCCAUUCCCUCCUCGCCCAAUCCCGAAGCAAAGCCAGCACCCUCAAAUCCGAGGAAGAAAUCGCGCGCACCUACGCCUGCGCGCACCUCGCCUGCGAGAAGCUCAAACAGCGGUUGAACCUACCGAAGAUCGAGGCCCGGCCGCCGUGUGGGCCAAGGGUGUAUAAAAAGGUGUUUAAUUAUUUGUCAACGGCGCUGGCGAGCGUGAGGGGGGGGCAAGAAGUAGUUACAGGGACGCAGAAAGAGUUGCGUUCGAGGAAUCCUAAGGCACUUGAGAGUAGUCCUACAGCCACGCGGUCACGACUGGCGAUCCACAGCGCUUCGAAAGCAAAAGUUUCAUCGUCGUCAGUGACGCCCCGGAAACGCUCGUUGUUAGCCUCCAACGAUGCGGUGAAGGAUAUCCCACAAUGGGCCUUGCCUAUGGUACGACGGCUCUGCGGCGCCUUUCACCUCGCCGAAGCGGCUCCGCACGUGUUCGCCGGUCUGGAAUCCAUCCUAUCAUCAACGUCGCGAGCAGAGACGCCGAAUCGACGGCGCUCUCGCCGACUCCAGGAUGAUGAAGGCGAAUCGCAAAGCAUCGGCGCCGACGCGAUCCCGGCGCUGAUCAUUGCGAUCCUGCUCUACGCCGUCACGAAAAUCACGGGGGAGACGAUAUCAGGGAAGGUGUAUCUUAAGAAGCGGGCUCAGGCUGUCACUGUCGCUAGCCAAUCGGCGGGGACGUCGACCAUGUCAGAAGCAGAGAUGAAUGCUGAAAUUGAUGGGUUCCUUCGUCGAGCGCAGUCGGAGGGUUGGUUGGACAUGGAGUGGUAUCAGAACAUCGACGAGCCGGAGGACGUGGACGAGCUAGAUGCGUUGAUGCAAGCGGACGAAGAUGGACCAACCGACGGUACACUUUCUACAUCCGCCAAUGGUGCUACUUCAACAGGGCCCUCGGUUGGUUCCAUCCUUUCCAUGCAUGACGCAGUCGACUGGGUCGGCGAGGAGAGAAAGCACGAGUAUAGGCAGUGGGAGCGAGGGAUCAUGGAUCGCAUUGCAAAAAUCGAGCGAGAAGAGAAGGUAAAGGUCAACAACGGAUGAAGAUUAGGACCCGAUCGCCGCACCAGGGACGGAACCGGUGCGAGCAGGCGUCUCAAUACCAGAUACUUCGGGUGCGAUGAUGCGGAAUGUCUAGACUGUCGGACGCCUCCAGCUCCUU